AUGGCCGUGGAUCCAAGUUAUCAACGACAAGGUAUUGGGUCUGCGCUUCUGGAGAUGUUUUGUCACUACAUUGAUGAGAAUGCGCUGGAUGUCUUUGUUAUGUCUUCGCCGGCUGGUGUUAGACUAUACUCCAAUUUCGGGUUCAAAGCAGUUGGCAUUGUCGAAACAAGACAUGGAAACUUCACCAGCAUGUUGAGGAUUUUUGGUUUCAUGGGAAAUAAUGGCAAUGUCUGUGAAGAAGGAAAGUUCAUGGCAAACGCUUAUCAUUGUUACAAAAAGUAG